UGGCUCAAGUAGCCAGUUUGGUUAAGGCGUCGACGGCCCCAAUGUCGUCGGUUCAAGACCACAGUGCACAAGGCGAAUCCUUGGGCUCGCGCCCUGGUGGCGGCUCACUCGGCGAGGCUUUGGGAUCGCGCCGUCGCGUAAUCUCAUGCCCCCCUGCUCGUCGCCUCGGCGUGCUGACCACAACCUGCCGCCUGUCCCUGAUGAGUUGCCCCGUGCGCCGGCUGCGAUUGCGACCUCCACGAUCGGGCGUCGCGCAUCCCCGAGCAAGGAUAACGUGUUGUCGCCGGUGCCCUCCGCGGACGCCGUGGUCUCGCCGACACCCUCCAUCCUCUCCAAGGACACAGCGUUAUCGCCACAGGUCCCCGGCCGGACGCCGGUCUGGCAGUCCGCGUCGUCCGACACGGGCCCGGGCCCGGCGGCGGUCCACCGCAAGUCCCUUUCGUCCGAGUCGCUCUCGAUGGAGUCGCUGACCUGCGCGCCGAUCCGCGCCAUCCCCGCGCACGUUGCGCUGAAGUUUUUAGGCAGCGUCUUCCGCGGGAACGGCGACGGGUACCGCUACGCCAGGGAGGUCGAGUGGAUCGACUGCUUCUGGUCGUACAGCCGUCACGCGUCGCAGUUCAUGAACGUGUGUACGCUGCUGGUGCACUACAGCGCGUGGCAGGCCUUCCUGGCGGGCGUUGCUGUGUCCGUGGUUACGGCCCUGAUGAUGCCGGCGCAGCUGGUGGACAACGGCUAUCGCGCUGGCGUCCCGUGCAUGGUUACCGGGCUGUGCACGACCUUGGCGGUGCUUUUCGUCUGGCCGAGUCGGCAGCGCGUGUUCCUGGACAGGGCGUGCAUCCCUCAGGACGACGAAGAGGCGAAGCGGACGGGCAUCCUGAGCCUCGGCUACUACCUGAAGGUGUCGAAGACCGUGAUGGUUCUCUGGGACGUCACCUACUUCCAGCGGCUCUGGUGCGUCUUCGAGUUCGCGGCCUACUUGCGGCUGCAGGUGGACAAGGAGGAGGCUUCUGGCAACGCCAUCAGGGUGCUGCCCUCCAUGUACGGAGGCAUGACCGCCUUCUGCUUUGUCACCGGGGCCCUCUUCCUGUUGGUGACCCGCUCGCUCCUGGUCGGCGCCGACGACGUCCCAGGGGCGCCCCUUGACCUGUCGCCUGCCGAGCUCGUGCUGCGCGUGGCGUCCUACUCGGUGAUUACGCUCUUCGUCUCGUUCUCCUUCACCCCCAUGUUUGCGAGGCACGUCAGAGCUUUCGCGGAGCAGGACAUUCAGCUAAAAACCUUUUCGCUGGACAAGGCGAAGUGCUUCUGCUGCGAGCACAACCAUUUGCACCCCGAGACGAAGGAGGUCAUGGCGUGCGACCGGGACCUGAUCCGCACCGCCGUGAUCGAGUGGUUCGACAACGUGAGCACUUACGAACGCUUCGUCCGACAGAGUCUGGAGCCCCACACAAUCAGGAGAGCCCACAUACCGUACGCCAACAUUGUGGUCGGCCUCGCGCCGCCCUACUUGUGGGAUUUGGCCGGCAGGUGCGUGUGGCUCGUCAGGACUGACCAGUACUUCUUGGCCUGGCAUUUGGUGCUCAACCAGAUGUCCUUGAUGUUCAUAUUCAACCCACUGCUGGUGAUUGUGGUCACUGGGUGCUUCGUUUUUUUUCUGUAAGCCUGGCAUAUCCCACCGCCGCGCCACCGUCUUGAGCACGUUGACCGCAGUGCUCGGCCACUUCCUCCUGUGGCUGACGUGGAGGACCGUGAUCCAAGUGCUCGGUGUCUACGGCUACGUCGUCCUGUUUCUCACCUUCGGCACGGCGGUCGUGCUCUUGCAGUGCCUCCCCGACGCGAUGUUCUCGUGGCGCGGCGGUGCCAAGCCCAGCAUCAGAGCGGCAAGAGCUCGCGGCGCUGCAAACGCAUGUCGCUGAGCAGGUGAGGGCGCCCAUGGCCAGUAUCAAGUCGGGCAUGUCCCUGCACAGGACGAAUGUUCAAAAAUAGUAAAAAAUAUGUGCGAA